AUGGUAGUCCCCCCCAGCACUGAUCACACCUCUUCAACCUGUCCUGCAGACGAUGGUAGUCCCCCCAGCACUGAUCACACCUCUUCAACCUGUCCUGCAGACGAUGGUAGUCCCCCACCCCCCAGCACUGAUCACACCUCUUCAACCUGUCCUGCAGACGAUGGUAGUCCCCCCAGCACUGAUCACACCUCUUCAACCUGUCCUGCAGACGAUGGUAGUCCCCCCAGCACUGAUCACACCUCUUCAACCUGUCCUGCAGACGAUGAUCCCUACAGGUCCCUACAGAUCCCUACAGAUCCCUACAGGUCCCUACAGAUCCCUACAGAUCCCUACAGGUCCCUACAGAUCCCUACAGAUCCCUACAGGUCCCUACAGAUCCCUACAGAUCCCUACAGAUCCCUACAGGUCCCUUACAGAUCCCUACAGAUCCCUACAGACACAGGGUCGGACAGCCUUGCUGCACAGAUCUAUGUUAACAAUGUGUUCAAGGCAGAUGGCAGAAUGAAAUCAGUCCUACUUGAGAAUAGGUGUUUACACCCCACACCCCCACACCCCCACCGCCUCCUCCCCACACCCCCACCGCCUCCUCCCCACACCCCCCACCGCCUCCUCCCCACACCCCCACCGCCUCUCCUCCCCACACCCCCACCGCCUCCUCCCCACACCCCCACCGCCUCUCCUCCCCACACCCCCACCGCCUCCUCCCCACACCCCCACCGCCUCUCCUCCCCACACCCCCACAGCCUCCUCCCCACACCCCCACCGCCUCUCCUCCCCACACCCCCACCGCCUCCUCCCCACACCCCCGCCGCCUCCUCCCCACACCCCCACCGCCUCUCCUCCCCACACCCCGCCGCCUCCUCCCCACACCCCCACCGCCUCUCCUCCCCACACCCCCACCGCCUCUCCUCCCCACACCCCCACCGCCUCCUCCCCAUACCCCCACCGCCUCUCCUCCCCACACUCCCACCGCCUCCUCCCCACACCCCCCGCCUCUCCUCCCCCACCCCCACCGCCUCCUCCCCACACCCCACCGCCUCUCCUCCCCACACCCCCCCGCCUCCUCCCCACACCCCGCCGCCUCCUCCCCACACCCCCACCGCCUCUCCUCCCCACACCCCCACCGCCUCCUCCCCACACCCCCACCGCCUCCUCCCCACACCCCACCGCCUCUCCUCCCCACACCCCCACCGCCUCCUCCCCACACCCCCACCGCCUCUCCUCCCCACACCCCCACCGCCUCCUCCCCACACCCCCACCGCCUCUCCUCCCCACACCCCCACCGCCUCUCCUCCCCACACCCCCACCGCUCUCCUCCCCACACCCCCACCGCCUCUCCUCCCCACACCCCGACGCCUCCUCCCCACACCCCCCACCGCCUCUCCUCCCCACACCCCCACCGCCUCUCCUCCCCACACCUGGACAAUGAAAUGA